AUGGAGGGGUAUGGGGAAUGCCACUCUGACUACGUUGAGGUAUUUGAUGGACCUUCGGCAUCUUCGCCCAUGUUGCUCAAGAUCUGCGGGCUUGACGUACCACCAAGCAUACAGUCAAGACAUAACACGAUGGCUGUGCGUUUUGUCACCGAUGACGUCUACCAGGACAAGGGUUUCACGGCAAGAUUUGAAAGAGGUGAGUUCUUUUAAAGCGCACAAGCAAUGGAUUCUACCGCAUAUGUUACUCUCAGUAGUUAGGAUCCAGCGGUUGUGCAGUGUUUGCAAUGUCCGACUAUGUCGGAGUCGCAUCCACACAGUCAGGUCAUAAAUCUCAUAAAUCUAACAAUUAAAUCCUUUUCACCAACGCUCACCACGAUUUGUGGGAAAUGUGCGUUUACAAUUUAAUACAUUCAAAAGGCCUUCUUUAAGGCCCUGUAAGCAAAUACAGUCAUUUAAGUUCGACAAUUAUUAGGAAUUAUCUGGCACGUCCGUUUUUACGUGAUUGGCGUAAUGUUUUAAUCUGCUAUUUUUUGACAAUAUCGUUGGCAUCUUUAUGUCGCCAGAUAUUUUUCACAUGGUGUCCGCUCCCGCUAAAUUUUUUGUGAACGCAUCUUCAAAGCUUCGCUGACGUAUAUGUCAACCAAAUGUUAAUUCAAUUACCCAACAUUAAUCCUGACACUUGAUAUUUUCCGUGUUAACCAACAAAAUACUGCAAAUUAGAUAAGCACGAACACUGUGAUUCCAUAUUUCUGCCUUAACUUUUCCUUCGACUGGCAACCAAAAGGCGGAGAAUGGGGUGUGUUUUAGGCUUCAAAUAAAUGGAGCUUUUUAUGUUGCACCUAUAAUUUGCAUGUGAACAUGUAGCAGGUUGCCUUAGACAUCCCUCGAAUACUUAUGUUGAUUUAUUUCCAUACAACAGCUAAUUGCGGAGGCUACUUAAGGGCGAAUGAAGGCACCUUUGCCAGUCCCGGCUACCCGGUUGAAUAUCCGCCAAACAGUAAAUGCACCUGGCGGAUUGAAAUUCCUGUUGGAUUCUCCGUUAUCCUCAGUUUCGACAGUUUCAAGGUGAGUACCGAUGCGCCUCUGCAGACACUGUUUCUGAUUUUAAUACACAAGUGUGCCUCGGUCUCAUUCGUUAUCGGGAUUAACCAGAUCAAUCACUCCAUCUGCCAAGACGUGCCAUGCACCAGCAGCCACCCGAAGCGGCCCCAAGGUUUGUGAGCGUCUGCUAGGCCAUGAUUAGCAAGCUGUGGCCCUUGCAGCCUGGUGUGCGCUGACAGUUCUUCGGCACCUGGUUCUCUGACGGUAGAUGCGCUUGCGCCCUUGCUUGGUAUACAGGUCAUGAGCAUGGUUGUUCAGUCAUUCGUGUCUUCUCUGUCGUUGAUGUAGUUGGUCAAAAUCCUGAUCAGGUGUUUUUUGUGGACAAGGGGUGUGAAGUGACGUGCAGGACUGCGACCUCUCCACCUUUGGUCUUCUUGACUAUGUAUUGAUACCGAGUCCAGUUGGGGGAGGAGAAAGUACGGUAGACCCUGCUCAAAUGCCCUUUCACUAAAAGCUACUUUCCGCGUAAGUCAGCGUGCCUGCUUCACCUUGCUGUGGAGAACACGGUGGACAUCCUCGAAUGCGACGGCCAAACUAUUAUAUGCGGAAGCUGAAGAUAAACUGAAGUUGGCGCACCUAGAUCCUUCCUUCGUUUCAGUUGACUUUUCUUAUAUAAUUCCACUUUUUCAGGUUCGUUAGUAAACAACUGUGGCAAACUGCUGCAUCCCGUCUUGAUGGUCCUUCUUGUUAUAGGCACUAAUUGAAUAGCAGUUAUCUAAGUCGACGGUAGAUAGCCCUUUUUUGCUUUUUGCAUUCUUUAGGUGGAAAAUAAAGGGGACUGCGUCCACGAUCACAUAGAAAUAUAUGAUGGCCCUUCGGAGCAUUCUCCUUCGCUACGUAGAAUAUGUGGGAGUGAGAUACCAGCACCGGUAUUGUCGACAAGUAAUACGAUGACUGUGCGAUUCGUUUCAGAUCAUGAUUCUCAGGAACAGGGAUUCACAGCACGAUUUAAGAUGGGUAAGUUCUUGAACAUUGACUAACGAUGAUGCGACAGUUACAAAUAAUUAGCAACCUUCGGUUAUUACACGUUUCAGAAUGCCAUCCACACAUAUCUAUCCAUAUCUUAUUUAACAUAUCUAAUUUAAAUACCGUUUUUCUCAGUGCCUCCGGGCCUUUUUCAGUCCAGAGCCUAGCUCUGUAUUGUAUUGUUUUUUAGGGUAAUAGGCAAUGCCCCUGAUGACCCUAAGGUUUACAAUUAACUCGGUUUUUCGUUGCUAAUCAAGUACAAAAUUUAGUAAUAUAAAUAGCGCUAUAGUUUGGAAUAAUUAUGUUAUGGAACGUUACGGCAUCAAGCACGACCGAGUUAGUGGCCUUAUCAACAAAUAGUGCCCUUAAAGUUAAAUAUAAUCCGAUACCAAGGACACAUUCCGUUGCUCAUCAAAGAACUGCUGGAAAUUAUCUUGAUGGAUUCUCGACUGGAUUCAGCAGGAUCCCAAAAAACAGGAAAGUUGCUCCUGGUUGGACAUUGCUUAAGGGCAAAUUUCUUCAUGAGACCUUAAUGGUGGUCAUUCAUCAGAUAGAAUAUUCUGAAGAGCGGCGUGACCACGAAAGAUCCAACUAGAAUUUAAGGUUAAUUUUCGCAUUAUCGGGCGAAAUACCGUCGUUUGGUUAGCGGAAAAUAAGGACGGUGAUAACCGGAGCAUUUGCGGUGGGGAGACUACACGUAGGCCAAAGUAUAGCCCUAAAUGUGCGCAGUGAUCAAAUGGGAGCGGAUAAUUCAGCGCACUAAACGCUGAGUCAUAUGUCUAGGAGCGUACGCAAGGCGUUUCCUAAAUCCAUCGCCUUUAUGAUUAUGCAGAUUGCUCGACUGUCCGUGAAGACAGCUCGCGUGUGCACACUGUCAUGAAUCCGUGAAUCAGUAGGAAAAACCUGCUAAUUCGGAAGUAAUAUUUGCAAUCUAUUUUACAAAAGUAUUGACAGGUGUUGUCAUUGGCAGCCUUACGUCGCGCCAAAUUUGAAUGUGUGGCCGAAUCUCGUCGAAUUAACCGCCGCGGUGCGGAAAACUGUCGCUAGAUCUCAAAUUACCGCUUUUUCUACGAGAUCCGGCCACAAAAUCAAAUUCUAUGAGGCCGAAAUUCUCGCAAGAAUUGACAAGCGCGUGAGCCGGGAGCUGCUUGAGUCAUGGUUUACUGGCACCCAGUCCAUUAACAAGUGCAAUGAUCUUCCCAUUCCAUACUCGGCGGAGUAAAUAAGCACGAGGGGAGCGCAGGUCUGCACUUUUCGCAACGUCAGGGUCGGUGAUUCAGAUGCUCGAGCAAUCAUCACACCAAUAUCCAAAACAUUUGAUAAAAUUGCAGCAUUAAACGACGCGAAUAUCGGUCAUCAAUAAGUCAUCACACAAAGCACGACGAUCCCUAAUGAAGAAGGGGGGGGCAGCCGUGAACAUUCAUAGGUAUGCGCCAGCAUGGCGACUGCAUCCUAUAAAUACCGAAGCCCCAUAUACAUGAACCACCCCUAUCUGCUUUUGUCUCCGUUGAUGGGUUCGAGCAAAAAUCCGAAACGUCAGGCAAAUUAAGCUGUUGUCCCAGCGAUCUUGUCUCCUUCAAGAUUCGCAAAGUCUUAAACGGUUGGAGGUUAAGUCAGUUCGGGCAAUAUUAGGUUCAUAGACUUGGCUGUGCCAUACAUCAACAGAGCAUUAUCACCAACAUUUAGUAUAAAAUACAAUUUUAGAAGAAACCAGUAUUUCCUGCUUGUAAUACUUAAUUUAUAAUAAUGCAAAUACAGAGCCGCCAACCGUAAGAUAUUUCAUCUUCCUAGCUCCGCUUGCCAAACUCGACAGCUGCGCAACCGUGGAUCACGAUUGUGGGCAUUUCUGCGUGAACAUUCCAGGCAGUUAUAUGUGUAGAUGCAUUGAGGGCUACACUCUUCUUCCAGACGGAAAGACCUGCACGCGUAAGUAAAAUAGUAUCCUUUCAGUUGGUAUUUGCAUUGCCUAAUUACUUCUUAGCCAAUUAAACAUGCUUCGCUGAUAUUAAAUGGAAAAUGUGCCGCCUCAUUUACCCACCAAUGCAUAUAUAUGCACCUUUAAUCUCCACUAACAAACCUUAUCCCCGGGGCCAUCUUUCACAACAUUCUGUCAAUGUUAUGACCCGCUUGGUACUUAAAAUCCCGUGGACCGUAUACGCACUCGACCCUUGUAUUCAAUAUCAAAGCAGCAGACAAAAAAAGCCCAACCGGCCACGGAAAGUGUAUCAGAAAAACACUGCAGGUCGCGACUAGCUGAAAUGUGACGCAUAUUUAUAACACGCUACUGCGGUUCGCCGGCAUUCGGCCCAAUGAACUUCGGGAAGAGGGCAGUAGCCAAUGGAGAGGCGCCCGACUAAGAUGACAGCGCUGCAGAGAGAGUAAACGUACAUGUUCUCCAGUGAUUGGUUGGCUCUUUUUUUUCGGGAAUGUAGGCAUUCCCAACAGACAGUACUUUCUAGGUAAUCUCGGCCCAAAUCGAGCAGACGACCAGGAUCGCGUGAAAUCACCAAUUGCACAGUGCUCAAUGGGCUUUAGCCGUCUGGUCAUGAGCAAGGGAGUGAAUAGACACCUCGUAGAUGUUCUUCGCAUCUACACAGCCACAGCAUUGCGGCACACAGCCAAUAAUCGCAAACCGUAG